AUUUCUGACAGAAAGGAUAUUUUUAAAAUCGGGAAGGAUUUCAGGCCGGCCCCUGGUGACGUCACUGGCCAAACCAAACCAGGCUGCGUUCUGUGAACUCUGACCUCAUGCGCUUGCGCCUGAUGGUGGUGAUUGACCGGAAGGAUGACCCAGUCAGAGACGGAGCCCCGCCGCACAGCUCAUGUCAAUCAUAGAGAUCUCUUAAUGGCAGUGCCUAUUUGGUGACACAACAGCUUUUCCAUGUCAUUUUUGAGGUGGGUGUCUGAAAAACUGAGUGUGGAGAGCCUGCAGGAUGUGGGACUGUUUGGUGAGCGACCUCAGGCGGAAUAUCACAAAAAGCCAGAUGAACACCCAUCAGAAAAUAUUACAUCUCCCCAGAGCUGGGAAACAGUGAACCACUUUCCAGCAGACAGUAAUUCCUAUGAGCUGCUGACAGCAAUAGGUAAAGGAUUUAAUGACAUUAUGACUGUGACCUUGGGGAGGUACAAGCGGACUGGUGAGCAGGUGGCUGUUCGAAGAAUUAAUUUGGACAACUGCACCAAUGAGAUGUUUGCUUUAUUACAGGGUGAACUCCACGUAUCAAAGCUAUUUCAUCACCCUAAUAUACUACCGUACAGAGCCACAUUCAUAGCCAACAAUGAGAUGUGGGUUGUGACUCCAUUCAUGGCCUAUGGUUCUGCUAAAGAUCUGAUGAACACCCAUUUCACAGAUGGUCUGAAUGAGCCCACAAUUGCAUACAUCCUGCAGGGGGUGCUAAAGGCCUUGGUUUAUAUUCAUAGAAUGGGAUAUGUGCACAGGAGUGUUCAAGCAAGUCACAUUCUGAUAUCAUCAGAUGGACAAGUUUAUCUAUCAGGACUUCGCAGCAUUUUCAGUAUGAUCAGCCAUGGGCAACGGCUACGGGUGAUCCAUGACUUCCCGAAAUACAGUGUUAAAAUAUUACCAUGGCUAAGUCCUGAGCUGCUGCAACAGAAUCUGCAGGGUUAUGAUGCCAAAUCCGAUAUUUACAGUCUGGGAAUAACUGCUUGCGAGUUAGCUAAUGGACAUGUUCCCUUCAAAAAUAUGCCUGCAACUCAGAUGUUGCUUGAGAAGCUGAAUGGUACAGUGCCCUGCCUCCUGGAUACUACUACUAUCCCUGCGGAGGAGUUGCUGAUGACAAACUCUCAGUCAGCAGUGGAUUCUGGUAUCGUGGAGAGCUCUGCUGCUUGUGGGACGCGAGCAACAAAUGGAGAGCAGGUGCAGCAUCCAUACAACAGGACCUUCUCUGGGCUCUUCCACAACUUUGUGGAGUUGUGUUUACAGCGAGAGCCUGAGCAGAGACCCUCAGCCAGUGCAUUGCUCAAUCAUUCAUUUGUGAAGCAGCUGAAGCGUCGGGUGGUAGAGGUGCUUCCUGACCUGCUUCGACCUGUCACCCCUAUGACAGACCUGGAAGGGACUCACCCACAUGAGUUGCGAGGUGUGGCCGGACUGACAUCCAGCCUGGAGCACCUGGAUGUGGAGGAUUGGGACUUCUGAAAGUGGAGACCACACACAGCGGCUGCAUGAUGCUGCUUGUCUUUGUAUUUUUUUACAUAAAAGCCAACUCCAUUACCUUGCAAACGUUAGCUGGAAUCCGGCGACCCGUCAUACCUGAUUGAAGCUGAAUAAUGUGCGUACCCAUUGAACCAGCUCAGGUGGAUCAGGGACCACCAUCUGAACGUUGUUGCUCAACUUGAAUUUGAGAGAUGUCAGAUCGAAACCUUUGCCCUUUUACUAUCAGUGUACCAGCAGUCAGUGAAUCACGGAUGCAGAUCUGCUGCCUUUGCAUCCCUCAUCACAGUGGAGGGGGUGCAUCGUCCUCUGAUGUUUCAUUGUUAUCUUACAUGAAACCCCUUUAUACCUGAAUUGUUAUUUAUUCAGAUUCAGUCAAUAUUAAAAGAACAUUUGGAUAUA